AUGGAGCCUGAUGAUGAUACGGUCCCACUGGUGGAUUUCCCAAGCGCCAGAGUUGAAUCCUCCGAAGCUCGGCCCUCUGGCGAAUCACAUUAUCUGCACGAAAGUAUGCAGCCGGAAAGCCAAGACGCUGCCGAUUCCACUUCACCUCUGAGUUCAGCUGAGAGUAAUCUUUACGGUCCUUCUCCAAAGCUACCUCAGCUUUCUGCUGCAGUGGGAUCUGUCGUUGAGGUUGGAAGCCAGCCUGACGCGCGAAAGCGGUACGUUCAGGCUAACCUCGCCGCGCUAGGGAUUUUGGUGAUCCUAAUAUUGAUUACUAUUAUCUUUUCAACUUGGUUAGGCAUUGCCAUCAAACGUAAAAUCGUCAUGAAUGAUGAAGGUAAUGCCAUCUUUAGCUGGAGCAUGAAUCAAAAGAGCGCCAAAAUUAUCGAAUCCAUGUGGAACGCGGUGAUUUCCCCGGUGAUUUUUUUCUUUUUCGAUGCCUUCUUGUUCAGGGUCGCCAGAGUGACCAUGAUCAGUGAAAAGACUUCCCGUACGGUAGCUCUACGACCGCUGGUUGCGGCGAGUAGCACAGACGCUGGAACGUAUAACCCUAUCAAAAUCUGGGGAAUUGUUCGCAAGUCACGAUCAAGGUUGCUUCCGUUUGCGGUUUUGACAGUUCUCUCGGGAAUUUCAUUGGGAUCCAUCUCUAAUGUCGUCGCAUACGAAGCGUAUACUAAGACUGCAGGAGAAACCUCCGUACUCCUCCGGACUUUGAACGGGAUUGAAAGUCGUUCCACUCUUAUAUUGCCGCCGUCUCAGUUCUCAACUACUGAGCAGUUGGCAAACUUCACUGGUCAGGUGAACGGAAUGUUGACCGCAAUUUCAUAUCAGAAUGCUGAUGAUAAGCUGGAAUCUGACUCCUAUGUUGGAGUUAACGCAACGACGGCGUCGCUUAACGCUCUUUCUACCGAGAUAAUAAGACUGUAUAAUGUCCCGGGAUACAAAUUAUCCAUCGGCUGUCAAGCUCAGCCGCCAAAUACGUUUGAACCAGCACAAAUGGGCGGCUUUGAAGUCUCUAUCGCCCUGAUAGCUUCAGAUGGGUAUUUAUUCAGAGCGCGUUAUCCUGGUCAGCUCACGACAAUGGAGAGCGAAUGGUAUGAUCCCUUCAGAUUUAUCGGAUUCCGCCCUGACAAAAUGGAACUCUACCUCGGAUGUGCUCUUCGCUUCAAUCAGCCAGCCCACAAGACUCCAUAUGGCGAAAUGACCUUUAAGUCCUUUGAGAUGCCGCAAAGCGAGUUUAUCGGGACGAAAAAGCUGCAGUCCGUAUCUGGUUUACGAUGCAAAGUCACCCGUCAGACGGGUUGGCAUAACUUCACCCGCGAGAAAGACCUCUCGUGGAAACGCACCGCAAGCGUAUGGGACGGUCCGAAUGUCGACACUCCACUGACUAUCGCCGACUGGCAGGUGGCCCUGAACUUCCACGGCCCCGCAAACUCGACCGGGGUUGGCUUGGAGCCAGGCAUCGGCCCGGCAUUUUGGGCCAGUGCGAAAAUCCCGAACUCUGCAGCCGCUGCGUUUGCAGCAAAUAUAGACUAUCGUAUUCUAGCUCUCAACUUUCUCUACGCCGCCGGUGAAACAGAACGAGUGUCAUACGAGGUCCAGAGCGGCGCCAAUUUCGGAGGGGACGCCGCGAUCUUCGAAGUUCAAGCCACCAAAAGCGGCAUCUUCUAUCAGCUCACCUAUGUCCCUGUCCUUCUCGUCAUUGGACUGCUUGGCGUUAUAAGUGUUUGUCUCGUCUGCUUGGCCAUGGUUGGCAAAAAUUGGCGGUCCCAGACUUUCAAAGAAUGGAGGAAAGUUGAUUCCCUUAGGCUGCUGGUCGACGCCGUGGAUGUCUUGCGUGAUGAGCCCAACGUAAAAGAUCUACAGGAUGCAAGUAAUCACGAUUUGAGUCAGUGGGCCAAACGAUUUAACGUGCGUUAUGUCAAAUCAGUGCAUGAUGGUAGGAUUGUUCUUCAGCAUUAG